GGCGACGAAGGAGUUCUGGCGGCGCCGCCGAAGGGAGCAGCGGCGUCAUGUGACACAUGAGUCAGCGCCAUCGGAGGGCGCGCGUCGGCGCGAAGCGAGCCCUGCUGAUGCACCCCCCCGAGAGCAUACGGCAGCAGCGGCGGCAGCGGCGGCGGCGCCGCAGGUUCCACCGCCGCCGUCUCUACAGCCAGGACCAUCAUCGUCACAGCCUGCUCCGGAGCCCUUUGCUUCCCAAGGCCCCGGCGGCGGUACCGAAGCGCUUGCAGAGCCCCGGCAUGGGCAGCAGCACCCGCAGCACCACCCGCACGGCGUCCACAUUCGCAAGUCACAUCACGAACACCACCAGGCUCACGAACAGUCCCGGCACCAGGAGUCCUGGCAUCACCACCACUCCCGGCACCCCGGCGGCGACACCGCUGCGCUGACGGCGGCGCGUGCAGCGGAGCGCGCCGCGGCCGCGACUGCGGGUCUGUGCCGCCACCCCGCCGUCGCCGCGGUUGCGCUGGCGUGUCUUAGCAUGGUGGAGGUGUCGGUGGUGGGCGGGGUGUUGCUGGUGCUGGGCAUGUGGACACUGCUGGCGCCGAGCAGGUACGGACGCCAAAUGCUACGGCGGUGCAGCCCCAUGCUCACAUUCUUGCUCCUCACCUGGAAUACGGCAGUCUACGUCAUCACGUGCCUGUCAUCGUCGUACCCGCAUCUUCUCCCUCCCGUACUUCACUCACUCGGCCUCUUCAUGUACGAAAGUCCCCCGCCUGUCGUACUACCACUAGCUGGUCAGGCCUUGGCUAUCAUUGCCAUGGCGGGACUCGCCCGCAGCCGUAGCAGCAGCGGCAGCAGCGAUGAUGAGGGCGGCAGCAGCAUCAGCACCCAC